AUGAUCCAGGAGAGAGGAUUAAGGCAUGACUGGAAUCUCUUGCAAAAAAAGGGACUGUUGACAAAAUCACUUCUGAAGAACAUCAUCUCAAAGGUAAAGGAAAAAGUAGAAGCCAUGACUGCAUUUCUUGAGGAGUAUGAUUUGAUCUACCCCUUGGCAAACAGUAGGGUGAACAUGCUCAGAGUGUGUGAAGGUGAAGAGCAGCCAACACACUUUGUACCCUCCUUGUUACCAAUGGCCUCAGAAAGGGACACACCCAUAUGGUAUGAUGACGACACUGAUAAGAAGUGUUAUGUAUUCUUUACCAAGUUCCUACCUGAACCUCUGUUCCAUCAUCUGCUAUCUCGUGCUCACAAGCUUAGUAAGGUUGAGUUUCCUAAUGGUCAUACAGUUUUGUUCAGAGAUGCUGGCAUGUUCUGGUUGAGUCCUGGGCAACCUUACAGUCUCAAAUAUUGA